CAGUAAACUAGCGGGCUCAGCGCGUCUGCCCGCGUCUGCAAAACCAUAACUACUUUUAUUGCUACAUUAUUAUACAAAGGCAUAUUUACUCUCCUCGACUCAUCGCGCCUGGGCGAAACCUCACGUCGCCCCGCAGAUGCAGCAACACCUCAGGCUCCUUCGACCUUUUCUUCUUGCCUUGCCAUUCGCAAUUGCCUUUCCGCACAUACACCAAUCCUGAAUAAUCUUCUCCAUCGACAGCCGGCCGGGUCUAUAAUGGCUUCUUCACACCCGCCAUUCGGAUCGCGAUCAGCAUACGCGGGCGCGGGCGCAAAACUACCGGAUCGAACAAACCCAGUGCCGUUCAGCGCGUCGGCAUUUUCGCGAACUAGGGGACUCGGUGGUGCAAAUACGGGAGAUGCUGCACAACAGCAGCAGCAGCAACCCCCAGCGCCGCCGGCGCAUUCGCAGGGUGGCACGAUAGGACAGGAUACUGGGGCUGCGAAUCCAUUGAAUCGGUUGACUGAAGAGCAGCGAGAAGAAAUCAAUGAGGCUUUUACUCUCUUCGACCUCGACCGCGACCGCCAUCUAGACUACCACGAGCUGCGAGUCGCCCUACGCGCCCUCGGAUUCACUCUCCCAAAACAAGAACUAAUCUCUCUUCUCACAACAUACGGCGUUCCGCGCCCGCAGGUCCAGCAGCAGCAGGGGCAAGCGCAGGGACAGCAAUCGUCACAGCAUCAGAACAAACCCAAUCCACCUCCCCAUCCGUCAUCGCUCCUAAUGCCACUUUCCGCAUUUCAAACUGUCACCUCACAUAAGAUCCUAGAACGAGAUCCGCGAGAGGAAAUCCUGCGCGCCUUUGAGCUGUUUGAUGAGGGCGGGAAGGGCUUUAUUGAUUUGGAAGAUCUCCGUCGAGUGGCUAGAGAAUUAGGCGAGACGGGGCUUGAGGAGGAUGAGUUAAGGGCUAUGAUUGAGGAGUUUGAUUUAGAGGGAGUCGGCGGUGUUACGAGAGAUGGGUUUUUGAGCAUUUGCUGGCAGUGAGCAUGGGAAUUGUUUUGGGAUGCGUGCUUUUUCUCUCUUCUUCUUUUUUUCCCUUUUCUUGAACUUGAUCAUGCCUUUAUUCUUACUCUUACUGUUCAUCUGGAAAUCUAACGCGUGUGGACCUGGGUCCUAACAUUAAAGUUUUCCUUCUUUUCGUUGCCAGGCGUUUGAAAGGGAUGGUACGUGUCGAACGAUUAACAUCAAUUGAUGUUUACAAUUGUUCCAGGUUUAGAAAGGCGUCUUUUAUUGAGACUUAUAUAAUCGCUCGAAGAUUCUGAAUACACCAAACG